UGGCUUGUCUGGAUUUCUCCAGCCUUGCACACUGGGAACUCAAAGCACCACUCUGUAUUGUGUUUUGUAAUGGACAAUUAUUGCAGUCGGAGCAGUGGCAGCGAGAUUAUCGUCUUCCCCUCUCCAUCCCCCUUGCCCUGGCGCCUGUGAAACGGAGCAUCCCCAUGGCAACAGCGGCAGCUGGUCCCUUGAUAAGAGGAGCUGGAGCCCAGCAGCAGCCACUGCUGCAGAGAAGCCGGCCCAGCUUGGGGAGGAGGCUUGCCCUCCCCUUCUCUCGCCUUCUCAUCCCAGAGCCUGCACUGAUUGGGCUGGAGAAGACAUACCUCCUUCGAUGAUGUCCACUGAGCAAAUGCAGCCACUGGAGCUCUCAGAAGACAGGCUGGACAAGCUAGACCCUCAUCGUGAGCACUUAGAUGACCUUUCAGACCAGUUCAUUAAGGACUGUGAUCUCAAAAAGAAGCCAAGAAAGGGAAAAAAUGUGCAGGUUGCCCUGAAUGUUGAGUCAGACCAAAAAAAACCAAGAAGAAAAGAUACACCGGCAUUGCACAUCCCACCUUUCAUACCAGGUGUGCUUUCAGAACAUUUAAUUCAAAGAUACGAUGUUCAAGAGAGACAUCCAAAGGGCAAAAUGAGUCCAGCUCUUCAUAACACUGACCUGGAACAGAAAAAACCAAGGAGAAAAGACACACCUGCCCUGCACGUGUCCCCCUUUGCAGCAGGUAUGACACUGCUCAGGGACGAGAGACCCAAAGUGAUCAUGGAAGAUGACGAAAAGGAUGGUGACAAAAUAGCUAUUUAAACAGAGUUCCCCUGAGACCCUUGUAAAUAGGUUAGAUUGGUUCCCUGUGGCGACCUAGAAAAAAAAUAGACUUGCUUCUGCUCUCAUUUUGUCAUAGUCUGCCUUUAAGAUCCAGACACCUUUCCCCCAGGAGACAUACUAUAUCAGAUUGCCAGUCACCUCUUCGACUCUCUCUUCUUUCUUGAAUCUGGUUUCUGUUCCCGCCUCUUGAAUUUUCGUUUUCUAAUGCAGCGGAAAGGAAACAGAUCAUUCCAAAGUGGGAGGUAACAGGGAAAACUCUAGUGUUAGCUUCUGCAUCUUCUGGAUCAAUUCAUGGAGCAAAGAACAUGAAUAGCAUGGAAGUGCGUUAUUUCUUGGUCUACACUGGUGACCAGGACUUGACUUCACAUUAUCCAAAUAGCAGCUCAAGGGGGGACUGACUCCCUGUUGCCAGUUAAGGAGGCGGGAAGGCUUGGUUCAGACUCACUGAUUACUUUGGAGAACAUGGUCUUUUGUGUCCUUUA